AUGUCAAACAGUUCCCGUAAGCCUUGGAACCAAGAUGUACUUUAUAGUUAGGAAGAUGACGCAAUAAGAUCCCUUGUAGAAGAGCACGGGAUUAAGCAAUGGUCACUUAUAGCUAGUCUAUUAGUAGAUCGGUACGGUAUUAAAGGAAGGUAACUCUAAAACAGAACUGGCAAGCAAUGUAGAGAGCGUUGGCACAACCAUCUGGACCCAAACGUCAAAAAAGACCAUUGGACAUUCGACGAAGAAAAGAUAAUCUUUGAUUACCAGCGUGCAAAUGGUAACAAAUGAUCUGAACUGACUAAUCUGCUGCCAGGUCGCUCUGACAAUGCUAUAAAGAACCACUUUUACAGUACAAUAAGGAAAAACUUGAGGAGAUUCAACAAGCGGAAGCCUUCUUCAGAGCGGAUCAACCUGACCACAAAAGAUGUCAUCCAAAGCCCUGAACAUUUGAAUAUUUUGAUAAACUUCCAUUUAGAAACGAAUACCAGAAACUGUUCAUUUGAAAAUAAAGAAUUGUAAUUUUAAAUUAGGAGGAGAUCAAACAGACUAAAUCUAAAACGAGAUAUAGAGCUGAUUACCACAAAUUUAAAAGAAAAUGACAUUAACUAUGAAGCUUCUUCAAUAUUGUACUCAUUAUUUGAAGAUAACAAAAAAGCUUCUAAGCCACACAUAAUAUGCCCGUCAGUCCCUAAAGAUAUAUUUGACCCACUAAACUUUCUUACAAAUAUAUCUGUAAAAUCAAAAUAA